AAAGCCAAUCUGCUUAACGCGUGGGCUGUAUGCAUGCAAGAGAAAUGGACUCUUAGCAGAAGUUUACCAAGAUCCAUGUUCAAUGGACGGCGUGUGGACUACCCGUUCCCAAUUUCGAUCAACCUGCUGUCAACACAGCUAGUCCCACAUGAUGAGUGGCUUGGAUCCCUCACAUGUGUGCGAAAUUGGAACAUGUGAGCGGAGAGUUGUAUAAGAAAAGUGCACUUGUCAUUUCCCAACAAUUACUCACCCUACUAUUAUAAAUGCACAAACCAACGUAACGAUCCAACACCAACAUCCAACUCUUCUACUACUCUUCUUUGAGGAGGAAGAAGAAGAUGAAAAUUAGUUCUAGUUCCCUCUUAGCUCUCCGCUGCCUAGCUCUACUUCAGUUUUGCACCCACAGAGCCAUUGGUUGGGGGCCCACAGAUCCGACAGAUGGGUUUGUCUCUCUUCCUCUCAACAGCUCAAACUUGGAGAUUCAAAGACCCUACGACUUGCCGGAAAGUGAUCGAUAUAGCUUCAUCGAUGGUGUCCACAGGCUCUGGGUUUUCGCUACAGACAAGCCUCAUGCCCUCACAAGCAUGACUGCACCCCGUACUGAGAUUCGCAUACUCGGAUAUGAUUAUUCUUCUGGAGUCUGGCAAUUUGAAGGGUAUGGAUUUGUGCCGAAUGGGACAACGGGUGUGUGCAUCAUGCAGGUCUUUGGUGCAAGCACCCGUGCCACAACUGCAAUGAUGAGGGUGUACAAUGGUUCUCUCACGUACUACAGGACCCCGAUCAUUGUCCCUUACAUCUACGAUCAAUGGUUCCGCCUAAAUGUUAUCCAUGAUGUCGAUACGAAAAAAGUUAGCAUUUUCAUCGAUGGGGUUCUAAAAUUAACAGCGGAUGAUCAUGGAGGGGCCUCUCAUUACUUCAAAUGUGGUGUUUAUGCACAGAAUGACCGCUCCUACUACAUGGAGUCUCGUUGGAUGGAUAUCAAGGUCCUAAAAAAAUGUGACUAGCAUGCGUGCUUGGGACACGAUGUACUAUGGUGUGCUUAGGAACGUAGGUUUGGUUUGUCUUGUCUUAGCCUACUGGUGCAAUAAAUCUUGUGUUGUACCAUACAAAGGGGUUAUAGAAAUGAUCUGGCCCUUGAUGUCUUUGUUUGCCCUUGUAUCUGGGCAAUGCCUUAGCAGCCCGUGUUUGCUUGUUUUUCUUAAUA